AUGAGAUUAAUCCAAGAAUUUAUUAAGCGACAUAACGCAACGCCCGUUUUAAAAAUGUUAGAUGAAGUUAAUUGGGGGGUUCAAUAUGAUAACACUGCAGAACCAACGGGGUUAACAGCGGAAGUGGCUCAUAACAACGUUGACAUCGUUCUUGGAGGUUUCAUUUAUAUUUAUUACUCUUAUCAUUUCUUAGAUUUUGCGCAACCACAUUAUAACUCCUUGUUAAAAGUUAUGGUACCAAAGCCGAAAUUAUUAUCACAACUUCCUCUGGCUUUUUACCCAUUCCCACGCGAAAUUUGGAUUAUUAUAAUAAUAAUUUAUAUAACAUCAAUAAUAACGUUAUUCUUAGCAUCGAUUUCACCGAAAUAUACAAACACCAAAUCAAAAUUAUGGAUUUUCCGUUUAACAAUUCUAAACGUUUUUGGGAUUUAUCUCCAACAACCAAAUUAUUUAUAUAGGGUAGCAAUGAAUUACAAAGCAGCGAUGAUUUCUACUUUUGGAAUGAGUCUUUUUAUGUCGAUGGUUUACAAUAGCAGAAUGUCCAGUUUGAUGAUCGUUCCGAGAUAUCAAAAACCAAUUAGGAAAUUAGACGACUUUAUUAACUCCGAUCUUAAAGUUGGGACAACUUCUAUUAAGGAUUAUUUAUUAUUAGUUGUUAAUUCUGAUCGGGAAGUUGACCAAGAUGUUUUAAAACAUUUCGUUGAGUUUAAUUUGGACGAUUUAGAAAAAAUUACUGUUGAAGGAAAUAUAGGAAGAUUAACGGAAAUAACAGCAUUCGGGAAUUAUGCGUUAAAUGGGAUAGAGAAAUAUGGAUUAAUGAAACUUCAAGUUAUGGAUGAUUCGAUUUGUUAUUACCAUUUAUUGCUGUGCACAAAGAAACAUUUUCCUCUAAUGAGAUCUUUCAAUGAAUUCAUUUUUCGUGUCGUUGAGAGUGGACUCACCAAAUAUUGGGAAAAUGAGGCCAUUUUAUUCAAUUCCACAAUAACACUUCAAAACAUCAUCAAAUUUUCAACUCGCCGAGAUUCUUCAUUGCGAAAAUUACAUUUGAAGCAACUCGCUGGAGCUUUUAUAAUGUUAUUUAUAGGGUUGUUUUUAUCAAUGAUUGCGUUUAUAUUUGAAAGAAUGAAUAGGUUACAUUAA